AUGGAUGUGACAGCCAUGACCUCAGCCGAGAGGGAUGGUGAAAUGGCUCUAACGCGAAUGAUGAGCAAUAAUAUGUCUUCGUCUCAUGUUCCCGAGGCUCGGGUUCUGAUAAUCAUGACCGGGGGCACGAUCUCCAUGCAAAGGUCUCCCAAUGGUCUUAUUCCAGCUCGAAACUUUCUGGAAAGGUGCAUGGCGCCCCGACCGGAAUUCAACGAUGGAGAGACCCAUGAUCCCAUUUCUGUGAGGUUUCACGACGGACCCGAAGGCCUGGGCGAGUUCCAGAGUUUGCGGACGCCAACAAGCGUGUACGGGAAACGUGUCAGGAAAGUUGGCCAUCUUCAAAACCCCAGAGCCUCGUCGCAUAAUGCAUCGAAAUCCGCCGUGACGAAAAGAACGAGUCGGAGAUAUGCCGUACUGGAAUUCGAACCACUUCUCGACUCGUCAUCCAUUGACAGCAAAGGAUGGGCGGAGAUUGCGCAAGCGAUAUUUCGCAACUACAAGUUGUUCGAUGGCUUUGUCGUUCUUCACGGCACAGACAGUCUUGCAUACACCUGUUCAGCUCUCAGUUUCAUGUUGCAGAACCUGGGCAAGCCUGUCAUACUCACGGGUAAGUUGCGUCACCAGCGAUCUUGCGGUGGGACGGAAGUUUUGCUCCAGGACCUCCAUCUAACACGGCUCUUUCGAGGUGUUACCGGCGAUGGUCUCGGUGGCUAG